GAGUCGCGCGAAUUGACGGCAGUGCUCAGCGGAAUUCUGAGCAGAGAAGAUGUUGUCCCUUCAUCGAAUCCUUCUGGUAGCCGGUUUGUUGGCCGCGGUUUCAGCCGCUGGUCAAUUGGAUGAGAUCUUCAGUUGGAAUCAACUGGAAUUCGCCUGGCCCAAUGAGCAAGCCAAGCAGGAGGCUCUCCACUCUGGCGCCUACAUUCCGGCCAACAAUUUGCCACUGGGUCUUGCCCGUUGGAAAAACAAACUUUUUGUGACCGUUCCAAGAUGGAAGGCCGGAGUCGCUUCUUCCUUGAACUACGUCGAAUUGGAACCGAGAAAUAAUACCGCCGCUUUGAUUCCGUACCCGAGCUGGAAGGCAAACAUCAUACCCAAGGACAACAAAAUCGACAUCGAUUCCGUCGUGUCCACCUUCAGAGUAACCGUCGACUCGUGCGAUCGCUUGUGGGUGAUGGACACCGGUCUCGCCGAUAUCUUAGGAGAAGGCAACCAGGUCGCUAAACCAGCCUUGGUCAUCUACGACUUGAACACCGAUAAACUCAUCAAGAGAUACGAAUUCCAGCCUUCCGACCUCAAGGAAGACUCUUUCUUCGCCAACGUCGUGGUUGAUGUGAAUCCCGGAAGAUGUGACGAGGCUUUUGCCUAUGUCCCAGAUUUAGGCGCUUACGGGCUCGUGGUCUACUCUUGCCAGGAGAACACCUCCUGGAGGGUGCAGCACAACUUCUUCCACUUCGAUCCGCUCAAGGGAGAUUUCAACGUCGGCGGCCUCAACUUCCAAUGGACUGAUGGCGUCUUUGGCUUGGCUCUCUCCGCCAUUCAAAAUGACGGAUACCGCACUAUGUACUUCCAUCCGUUAGCCAGCACCAAGGAAUUCUCCGUUUCCACCAGGGUCCUGCAGAACAAGACCAUCGCCACCGACCCGCAUUCCUAUUACUUAUUCAAGAUUGAAGGAGAAAAAGGAGACUUAGGUCAAGCAUCUGCGAGUGACCUGGACGAGACGACAGGAGUCGUCUUCAUGACCCAACUGAACCGCGACGCCGUAGCUUGUUGGAACCCUAGGAAACCUUUGAGCCCAAACACUUUGGCUCUCGUUGCUCAAGACAAGGAGCGCCUCAUAUUCACCAACGACCUGAAGAUCGACUCCGAGCAAAACCUCUUCAUAUUAUCCGACAGAAUGCCGUCUUUCCUCUACACCGAACUCGACCCAAAUAUGGUCAACUACAGAAUUUUCAGGAUCAAAGUAGCCGACGCCAUUAGGGGCACAGUUUGCGAAUAGAGUGGACGCAAUAAAUAAGUUCAAAAACAUAUUUAAACUAUUUA